AUCCUGCCCAGAUGCAUAAAACCCAUUACAAAAGCAAAAAUAAACUGUAUUUCCUGUUUUAUUAAAUCACUUCCCCAAUGUGUGAGUUUCACUUCUUUGUCUUGUACAGUUCAAUAAAUCUGCUCAGCCUCCCUGCAGCAUGAGACACCUGACUACCUGCUCCCUGACCCUCCUGCUGCUGCCAUCGCUGAUCCAGGGUCAGAUGUUAGACCCCGAUGAUGGGAGGCCGUCGUGCGAUCACUGCGACCUCCACCUCUCCUGUAACUGCUCCUUCAGCGGAUUCACCCGUGUUCCCACGGUAACAGACCAAGCUCUGAGCCUCGACCUCUCCUUCAACAACAUCACAAUGGUGACCCAAGAUGAUCUGAUGGGACACUCACGACUGAGGGCUUUGGACCUCCAUGGUAACAGACUAGCUGUGAUCCAUCCAUCAGCGUUCGACUCUCUGUGGAGCCUGGAGGAGCUGGAUCUUUCUGGCAACCUGCUGACAACUCUCAACCACAACUGGUUCAGUAAGCUGGAGGUUCUGCAGCAGCUCAACCUGCUUGACAACCCGUACAGAUGCCUCAGUCAUCUCAGCUCUUCGUUGUUUCAAGGACUCGUCAGACUGAGAAGGCUGAAGUUUGGGGGUUCAGAUCUGAAGGAGCUGAGGACUGGAGAUCUGUUGGGUGUCACCGAGCUGGAGGAUCUCACUGUGCAUGCCAACAACCUGGCCAGGUAUGACUCUGGCACAUUAGGAGACAUUUGGCCUCUGGGUCGUGUUACCUUAAGCCUCCACGGCCCGUUCCUAACCAAUGUGGCCGUGGCUGCAGCUGUGCUCGCUGACAUAUCGUACCCUGAGACUCCGAUUACUCUAGAGGACCUCCAUCUGGUUGGCAAUCAGUCAGUCCAGCCCUUCAGAGAGUCGGCCAAGAGGAGGAUCAGGCAUCUUUCUUUCCGCAAUUUUUCUGUGUCUGACGAGUCGAUUGUCGACCUACUGGUGGUUUUGGAUGGAGUCCCGCUCUCUCUCGUUUCUUUUGAAGAUGUCACGCUGAAUGGCGAGGGCAGGUGGGAGAAAGCCAGUUGGACCGAUCACAAAAACAUUGACCAGUUCUUUCUAAGAAAUGUUGUGGUGCUAGAUGUCUUCAAGUUCACCUCAUUGGUAAAGCUAAAGUUUCUUCUGCAAUAUCCAAGGACGGUGUCAGUCACAAACGCUGGGGUGUUUGUGAUUCCAUGUGAGACUUCCAGACUACUGGUAAAUCUGCAGUACCUAGACUUGUCCAGCAAUCUACUGACUGAUCUGACUUUGGCAGAAUCACUUUGUCAUGGAGAGAAAACACUUGAAGAACUCAGAGUUUUAAACAUCAGUGGAAACCCUCUAAAGUCUUUGUCCACGAUCAACCAACUGGUGGCCAAACUGAAACUGACCCACCUGGACAUCAGCAGAACCGGCUACAGCUCGAUGCCCUCAAGUUGCUCCUGGCCUUCUACUUUGAAAUACCUCAACAUCUCCAGAGCUAAGCUAAGAUCCAUCACGGACUGUCUACCAACAUCACUUGAGGUGCUGGAUCUAAGCUACAAUGAUCUCAAAAGCUUCUCCCGGGGCUUACCUUUGCUGAGAGAACUGUACCUGUCAGGAAACAAGUUCUUAAGGUUACCUGCUGGACAGAGCUUCCCCAAUCUACAAACUCUUACAAUGCAGUUUAACACCCUGAACGUGUUCAGCCUCCCAGACCUCCGGUCAUACAGACGACUCGAGAACCUCCAAGCAGGUUACAACAAGUUCAUCUGCACCUGUGAUUUUGUAAACUUUCUACAGUCCCAGCUAAAAGGAGGAGGAGACGUCAAGUUAACAGACAGAGAGGACGGCUAUGUCUGCGACUCCCCUUUCCAUCUGAAGGGAGAGGCAGUGAGUCAGGUCCGCCUCUCUGUCCGUGAUUGCCACCAGGUUUUGUUUAUCUCUUUGUGCUGCGGGGUUUUCCUUUUUAUUGGAGUGCUGCUAUGUGUUCUGCUCUGGCGACUCCACACCUUCUGGUACCUAAAGAUGACCUGGGCGUGGCUCAAGGCCAAGCGAUGUUCCCAGAAGCAACGGAAAGACACCGUGGAGUCAGAGGGGUUGCUUUCCUUUGAUGCUUUCGUUUCAUAUAGUGAAAGGGAUUCUUCCUGGGUGGAAAACUUCUUGGUACCGGAGCUGGAAGAACCAACUGAGGAUAGUUCCAGGAGUCCCAGUUUCUCUCGGCCGAUGUCCUUAUGCCUCCACAAGCGUGACUUCCUUCCGGGAUACCCGAUUAUGGACAACAUCAUGAGCGCCAUUGAGCACAGCCGACGGACUAUCUUUAUCCUCUCUGAGAACUUUGUCCAGUCCGACUGGUGCCGCUAUGAGCUGGACUUCUCCCACUUCUGGCUCUUUGACGUCGGUGGAGACGCUGCCAUCUUGAUCCUGCUCGAACCGCUUCCCAAGGAUAACGUACCCAAACGUUUCUACAAACUGCGCAAACUCAUGAGCUCCACCACCUACCUGGAGUGGCCUCAGGAGGAGGACAGGAGGCCAGAGUUCUGGAGGAGUCUACGCAACGCUCUGAAAAGAGACAGUGACUGAAAAGAAAAGAGUUGGAAAGGAUAGAGGGAGGGAGAGAAAAACAUUUUUUGAGUGUAGAUUCAAACAAAGAACAAUAAGAAAGUAAAGGAACAAAUUUUGACAUACAGAAAAAUUUGGUUGAAUAAACAGGGCAAAAUAUCUUGCCGUUUAGCUGAGCAAUAGACUGGACUGGACACACAACUGUGAAGUCGUCUACAAGAAGGAACCAAGCAGACCGUACUUCCUGAGGAAGCUCAGGCCUUUCAGGUUAUGCAGCGACAUGCUGCAGAUCUUCAAUAAGUCUGUGGUGGAGAGAGUGGUCUUUUCAAUCAUCCUCUGCUAGGGUAGAAACAUCAGAGCCAGUGACUUAAAAAA